GAUGAACCUGUGGCCGGUCUUACCUCAUCUUCUAUCCUGGUUGGAGAGGGCUUCCCUAGUCUGGCUCCGUCAGCUUCGUGACCGUCUACCCCCAGAGGACGCACGGUUGCAACAAGACGUGGCUAAGUUGGUGGCGGCGGCCGAAUAUUCGGCAGAUGCUUCUUUGGAUGCGGCUAAGUUGGCAUCAAGAGCGUUGGCUUCCAUGGUGUCCUCUCGUCGCCUCUUGUGGUUGCGCAACUGGAGGGAUGACAUUAAAUCGAAAUGGCGUCUUAUUGCUGCUCCCUAUAAGGGUACCUCUCUCUUUGGUGAUUCCUUGGACUCGGUUCUAGUAGAGAACAGGGGUAAGAAAAAAGUCCUGCCCUCGGCCUUUCAACGUCCAGAUAGACGGUACUCCCUGUACCCGAGGCAGUCCUUUCGUCAUGACCAAGGAACCAGCGGUUCCUCUUUUCAUCGAUCAAUGUCUUCCAUCUACCAGCCAGCCUCCGACCGGGCUUCUUUUCGGGACCGAGGCAGACGUCAAUCCAAUUUCCGCUGUCCAUUCAGGGCUUCCUCCGGCCGCUAUUCCCGUCGGGAAAAGUGACUCCUGGCUCCCGAUUUCCAUUGGGGGCAAGUUGCAGGCCUUUUACCAUCAGUGGGAGACUACCACUUCGGAUGCAUGGAUACUUCGCACAGUUACCAGUGGCCUGCUAUUAGAGUUCACCUCCACCCCCCCCGACCCACUUCGUCCAGUGCCCCUGGCCUUCCCAACCGGCCAAACACCGACUUUUGUCUCUAGAAAUACAACAUCUUCUUCAAAUAGAGGCUAUAGAGCCGGUCCCAACGCAUCAGGAGCAGACGGGGUUUUAUUCCACCUUAUUCCUGGUCCUGAAGAGUUCCGGGAGUUAGAGAGGAAUUCUAAACUUAAAAAGCGACUGAACAAUGAUAUUCUAUACCGUCGCUUCAAGAUGCACUUGCUCAAGUCUCUGCUGGGAUACAUCCGCCAGGGAGACCUGCUGCAGUCGAUCAAUCUAAAGGAAGCUUACCUUCAUGUGCCCGUUCAUCCGGGCCACUGACAAUUCCUGCGUUUUGCCUUUUCCAACGACCACUUCCAGUACAAGGCGAUGCCGUUUGGCCUCUUGUCGGCGCUGCGCACAUUCACAAAGAUCUUGGUGGCUCUUGCGGCAUUUCUCAGGGAGGUCCCUGUAUGGCUGGUUUGCUACCUGGACGACAUUCUGAUUCUUUCGUCUUCGAUCAGGCAGACAAGGACAGACAACUUGUGAUCCAGGUUCUGCAAUGCCACGGCUUCACCCUGAAUCUUGACAAGAGCCACCUUUGUCCCACCAUGAGACUUUUACAUCUCGGAGCGGUGAUCGACUCCGCUCAGGGCCUGGUCUACCUCUCGCCCGAUCGACAGUCCAGCAUUCGGGACCUGGUGGCACAGGUGUUGGCACACAAGAAAUCGCCCCUGCUUCUGCUGUCUCAACUUCUGGGGAAGCUCAUCUCGUGCAUUGCUGUCGUUCCGUGGGCAUGUUACCAUUUACAUCAUCUUCAGUGGUUUCUACUCCCGUUCCAACGACAAGGGUGGGGGGAGUCUCUUUCCAAGGUCACUGUACCUGCACGAGUACGGCUUUCUCUCCGUUGAUGGCUGUCUCCGGCCCUACUUCAGGGGUCUCUCUUCCUGGAACUGGAGCGUGUCGUCUUGACCACAGAUGCCAGUCUGCACGGAUGGGGUGCCCAUCUACAAUGUCAACUUGCGCAAGGCACCUGGUCUCCCGUGGAAAAACUCCACAGUAUCAACUGGCUGGAUCUACGGGCCGUGCGGCUAGUGCUGGCACACUUCCAUCACCAAAUGCUACACAAACACGUUCUGAUACUCAUUGACAACAUGGCAACGAAGGCACACGUCAACCAUCAAGGGGGCACGCGUUCCUUGUCGUUGAUGUAGGAGAUGGAGAGGUUGAUGUCAUGGGCAGAGCGUCAUCUCCUUUCUCUGAAGGCGGAGCAUAUCUCCGGCAAACUCAACCGAGAGGCAGACUGGCUCAGUCGGGACCAGUUAGAUCACUCGGAAUGGAGACUGGAUCCUCGACUGUUUCAGGAUCUGUCUCGCUGGUUCGGGACUCCAGUUCUAGAUCUAUUUGCGACCCAGCACUACACACAGCUGCCAAGGUUCUUCUCCCGCUUCCCAACACCGGGUGCAGAAGGACACGACGCUCUUUGAUCUCCGUGACCUCACGGGCUUCUCUACGCCUUCCCCCCAAUCCCGGUCAUUCCCAAGGUGAUCCAGAAAGUGAUCAGGGAGUGGGCAGAUCUACUUCUUGUGGCGCCACAUUGGCCUCGUCGGGCGUGGUUCGACGAUAUUCUGUCCCUGUCCGUCGGGGAACCGUGGCAAAUUCCACCGGAUCAGAUUUCUCUCACUCAAGGCGCCGUACACCAUCCAGAACCAGAAUGGCUUUGUUUGACCGUCUGGCGCUUGAAAGGAUACGUCUGACUAAGAGUCAUCUGUCAAGCGAAGUUAUCUCGAUCAUCCAAACUGCCAGACGGCCGUCGACGGUCCACAUAUAUAAUGCGUCUUGGAAGGCCUUUGCCAGGUGUUGCGCUCUUCACCAUGUAGAUCCAACCUCGGCCACAGUCCCAGAUGUCUUGCAAUUCCUACAUUCGGGCUUCGCAGACGGUCUAGCCCCUUCCACACUCAAGGUAGCCGCCUUGGCGACAGUUCUCAUUGGAGACAACCAACAGUCCUUGUCUCAUGAUUCUCGAAUCAAAUCCUUUCUCCAAGGUGCGUCGCAUCUCCGUCCUCCGGCGAUACACCGCUAUCCGACAUGGGACUUGACACUGGUUCUGCAGGAUUUGACAUCAGCUCCAUUUGAACCUAUUUGUACGGCCAGUCUUCGAUUUCUCACCUUGAAGAUGGCUUUCUUGUUGGCUAUAACAUCUGCUCGACGAGUCUCUGAGAUUGCUGCCUUUUCUAUUAGAAGUGACCUUUGUGUAUUUUAUCAAGACCGUGUGGUUCUUCGAUUAGACCCGGCGUUUAUUCCUAAAAUUAAUACUCCUUUCCAUCGAGUGCAGGAUAUUGUGCUUCCUAAUUUCUGCCCGGACCCACGUCACCCUUCAGAAAAACGUUGGCACACGUUGGACGUGCGGAAGGCCUUGAAACGUUAUAUUAGUCGUACUGCUUCCUUCCGGAAGACUGAAGCAUUGCUAGUGUCAUUUCUGCCCUCCUCUCUAGGCUAGAAGGUUUCAUCUGCAACGAUAGGCCGAUGGCUUAAGGCCUGUAUUUCUAAGGCUUAUGAACUGCGAGGGGAUCCUGUUCCAGCUCGGAUCUUGCUUCAUUCCACGCGCAGUGCUGCUACUUCAGUGGCCUGGGCCACCCAGGCAUCUAUCGACGACAUUUGUCGUGCGGCCGCUUGGUCCUCGAUUUCCUCCUUUGUCAGGCAUUACCAUUUAGAUGUUUAUGCUUCGGCUGAUGCCGCCUUCGGCAGGAGGGUUUUACAAUCAGUAAUUUCUCCCCUCGGCCAGGAAGGGGCUUCGAUCCCUGCCCAACGGACUUAAACUUGGGUAUAUCCCAGACGUAGGAAUGUCUGAGCAGCGAGUCAGGAAAAUGGACAUUGCUUACCUGAACGUCCCUUUUAUGCUCGCUGCGAAGACAUUCCGGCCUGCCCGUCAUCUCGCCUUCUCCUGGCCUUGGUGGGGUUCUUUCUUUGUUUCCCUCUGCAGCUGUGGACUCCCGAGAUUCGAUCUGUUGCUACACACUCUUGUCUGUGCACGUUGUCUUUGCGAAAAGACUGGGGACUACCGAGAGGGAGUGCCGAGACCAGCUUCAGAGGGGGUUGAUUGGCACUCAGUCAAGCAAAUCACAGACAAGCUGUCCCCAGACAUAGGAAUGUCUUCACAGCGAGCAUAAAAGGGACGUUCAGAUAAGCAACGUCCAUUCUAUAAUAAAAACGACGUCGUCAGCAAAGGCUUGGAGUUUAUACUCCUCUUUUUUGUCUUUCAAUCCUUUUAUUUCUUUGUCUUUUCUAAUUUCAUUUACUAAUGUUUCUAAAGAUAAUAUGAACAGUAGUGGGGAUAGGGGGCAUCCCUGUCUCACUCCUUUUGAUAUUGUAAAUUGUUCUGUCAUGUCUCUGUUUAUCAUUAUUUUUGCAGUUUGGGAGGAGUAAAUCUUCUUAAUCAUAUUUAAAAAUUUGUCACCGAAUUUCAUGUUUUCCAAUUGUAAUAUGAAGAAUUUCCAAUUUAAGUUGUCAAAAGCCUUCUGCGCGCCCAAAAACAUUAAUGCCAAUUGUUUAUCUGAGUUUUUUUCAUAGUAUUCCAAGACAUCGAUUAUUAAACUCAUAUUGUUUUUUAUUUGCCUUUUUGGAAGGAAGCUGUUCUGAUCUGGGUGAAUAUGCUCAUUAAUUACUCUUUUUAGUCUCUCUGUGAUAAUCAGUGUAAAUAAUUUGUAAUCUACGUUUAAUAGCGAUAUCGGCCUGUAGUUUUUGAUUUGUGUUUGAUCUAUUUCUUCUUUUGGAAUAAAUGUAAUGAUAGCUUCAGUCCAAGAUUUGGGGAUUGUGGCUUUCAAGAGUGCAUCAUUAAAGGUUUCAAGUAAGAUUUCAUCUAUUGGGUGUUGACAUGUUUUGUAAAAUUCUGCCGGUAUGCCAUCUGGUCCUGGAGUUUUAUUGUUUUUUUGUUUUUUCUUUGUCUCUAUUAAUUCCAUCAUGGUAAUUGGUCUAUUCAGUAACUCUCUAUGUGUUUCUUCUAAUCCUUGGGUGUUUGUUUUAUUUAAAUAUUCUUUAAUAACUUCUUCCAAGAUCUCUUCUUGUUCAUAUAAAUUUUGGAAAAAAGUUUUUGCUAUUUUCUUUUUAUCUUCGUUUCUAUAGUAUAUCUCUCCUGUGUCGUCUUGCAGUUGGUGUAUUGUUCCCUUCUCUUUUUCUUUUUUCAAUUUGUACACCAUCCAACGUCCUGUUUCGUUUGCGUGUUCAAAGUGGUUCUGUUUUGCUAAUUUGAUUUUCCUUGCUAUUUCUGUUUGUGUGAUCAGAUUAAUUUUAUGUUUUGUCAAAUUUAUUUUUCCUUUAACUGUUUUAUUUUGAGGUUCUUUCUGUAACUCAGAUUCAUAUUUUUUAAGUUCUUUUAAAAAAUUAUCUCUUAUUUGUUGUUUAUCUUUAUUUUUCUUCGCUGUGUAUGCAAUUGUCAAGCCUCUUAUAUAGGCCUUUGCCAUAUCCCAUAAAUUUUGGAGUGAGAUUUACUCUUUUGUAUUUAUCUUGAAGAAUAUAUUCAUUUCUUUUUCAAUCAUCUGUGAAUAAUCUUUAUCUUUUAAUAUUUCCUUGUUCAUCAUCCAUCUUCUCUUUCUUUGGUAUCCUUUCCAUAUUACUUUUACCGGAUUAUGGUCUGCCCAAGUAUUUGUCAAUAUUUCUACUUCCUCUAAGUCUUUUCUGAGUUCUGUCAUCAUCCAAACCAUGUCUAUUCUAGACCACGAUUGGUGUGGGCUAGAAUAGAAUGUAUACUGUUUUUUUUCUUUAAUCACCUCCCUCCAUACGUCUUGCAGCUGUAGUUCCUGUGUCAUGUCUUUGAAGGUA